AUGUCCGAUAACUUCAUCCCGGGGACGGUCCUGCUCGUCGACGACGCGCACGAGCAGUCUACCAAGCAUGCGACGGGCAAGCAUACCGAGAUCGUGCUUAUCCCGCCACCCAGUGACGACCCUAAUGAUCCCCUGAAUUGGUCCCCCGGCCGCAAGAAGCUGCAUCUGGUGCUGCUCUGCGUCUACACCUUUUUCCAGAAUGGUCUGAUCAACUUCUACGGCGUGGCCUACGACGGUCUGGCGCCGGAUCUGAACACUACGUUUGAUGGGUUGAACACGGGGAGCGCCAUCCUCUUCCUCUUCAGUGGCGUUGGUUCCACCUUCUGGCAGCCGGUUGCGAUGAAGAUCGGUCGACGACCGGUCUAUAUCAUGGGCUUGCUCCUGGCCCUGGUGGGUAGUAUCAUGGGCGCCGUGCAGACUGAAUGGGGCGUGUGGGUUGCUUUCAACGUGUUCUGGGGCGUCGGAUGUGGUCCCAAAGAAGGACUGCCCCAGAUCUCGCUGCAGGAUACGUAUUUUGCGCACCAGAUUGGAUCCAAAGUGGGAUAUUGGGCGCUGUCGUAUAGUGCGGGGGCGUUUGUCAUUCCCCUCGUUGCCGGAUACGUCUACGUUGAGCUCUCCUGGCGCUGGUGCUUCUGGAUGACGGCCAUUGGAUUCGCCAUCAUGGCAUUGGUCUUGUUCGUCGGUCUGGAAGAGACACUCUACCCCCGAACAUACGACACCCCGUCUUGCGAAGGAACCUCUAUAGAUGAAGACGCCAAAACCCCCCAUACCACGACGUCCUCGCCCAUUGCAAUGAAGACCUACCGACAGACUCACCCCCUCCACUCAUGGGGUGCCAAUCCCCACGAGUCCUGGAGCAAUCUCUUCCUGCGUCCGUUCCAGCUCGCUCUGUUUCCGCCUGUUCUGUGGGCAGGUAUUUUCACCGGUGUCUCUAUCUGCUGGUGGGCUGCUAUCUUUACGACUGAGUCUCAAUUCUUCACCUCCUCCCCCUACAACUGGUCCGGCCAACAAGUUGGCCUCACAAACGCCUCUGCCCUUAUCGGCAGUCUCCUGGGCACCCUCUACGCCGGCAACCUCAGCGACUGGUUCGUCGUCUUCGUCGCACGACACAACCGCGGCAUCCGCGAGCCCGAACACCGUCUGUCUCUGCUGCUCGCCACCGCCAUCUUGACUUCUGCCGGUCUCGUCCUGUACGGGGUGGGCGUCGACGUCGGUCUGCCCUGGCCCGUUCCGGUCGUCGGUAUGGGCAUGAUGGGGUUCGGGUUUACCGCGUCGUCGAUUAUUGGGGAGACAUACGUCCUCGACUCCUACCGCGCCGUCGCAGCCGAAUCACUCGUUCUCAUCAACAUCUUCCGCAACCUGAUCGGCAUGGCGUUUGUCUUUGCUGGUCAGCCGUGGCUGAUUCAUUCGGGCAUUGGGCCCGCCUAUCUCCAGAUGAUGGCUAUGGGGCUGAUUGCGCAUUUGUCGGUCGUGCCGAUGAUGAUCUGGGGGAAGGCGCUGAGGGCUAUGACUGCUGGGCGGUAUUUGCGGAUGGUGGAGGAGAGGGGGAUGCCGAGGGAGUUUGCUUGAUUUUCUCCUUCUUUGCUUUUGGUUUCUUGUUUCAGACUGUUUAAUGUUGG